UUCUCUUCUCCUCCCAAACUCCACUCACUCUUGCUAUCAUCGCCAAUACAAGGAAAUGGAAACAGAGAUGGACAACCUCAAGGCCACCGAGCUUAGGCUCGGCCUUCCGGGGAGUGGUGCCUCCAACGAUGCACAGCCAGUGCCCUCAAGGAUGUCUAAGCGCUCCAUGGACGACCACACCCAUGCCCGGAAAACACAGCUAGUUGGGUGGCCGCCAGUUCGCUCUUACCGGAAGAACGCGAUGAAGGCUGAGGCAGCUGGGUUGUUUGUCAAGGUCAGCAUGGAUGGCGCCCCUUACUUAAGGAAGAUCGAUCUGAGGGUGUACAAAGGCUACAAGGAACUAAGGGAGGGGCUGGAGGACAUGUUCAUGGUCUUCGAGGUCUGCAAAGGGUCGGAAUAUACCAUCACUUACGAAGACAAAGAUGGGGACUUGAUGCUCGUUGGAGAUGUUCCAUGGGAGAUGUUCACAUCUUCUUGCAAGAAGCUGAGGAUUAUAAGAGGGUCUGAGUCAACUUGAAGCUAGAUACAUGUGAAGGAAAUGAAGACCUAUUGCGUUUUUCCUGGCACAAACUAGGAAGGAGCACAGGAUGGGAUUGAGUGAUAUAAUUAUCUGUGACUCUAUCUCUUACCAUGUACACAAAUAGCUGUGUUGUUCAAUGCAUGCAAUCUGUACAAACAAGUUUUUUGAGUUAUAUAUUUGAUGUCCCCUAAGGAUCUGUUCCUAUGUUGUUCUCUUCCAAAUGUAAACAAGAGAUAAGUAAUGUUACGUUGUUGAUGUUGAAAUA